CUUCAGAGUGUUUUCUAGUGGUUUCUUCUUCUUCUGCAAGGCCGGCUUUAGUUCCAUGUGUAAAUAAUUUUGAACUAUAUUAAAUAUUAGGGAUAUCAAGCCCACAGGAUAGUUGCAAAAUGUUUAUUCCGGAGCCCGAAGACUUCCUGCCGCCGACCUCGAGCUCGUGUCGUCUGUGCCACCGCGAAGCAAGCGUUGAAUCGCCAAACAUAUUCGACAGCUCUCCGGAGUUCUGCAAGGACCUCAGCAUUGCCGACGUUUGCCAGCGCCUUUGGGAUGUCCAGUAUGAACGGCACGAGUUUUUGUCGGAGCACAUUUGUCCAAAUUGUGUUGAAAUACUGGAGGAUGCUCACGAGCAGCGUCGCGGGAUGCAGGAGCGAGAACAGGCCCUACAGCAGCAACUAAUUGGUCUCCUUAAAAAAGACGCCAUGUAUCGUCCAGGCUUGAAUGGAAAUCCAGGCGUCUUCGAAGCUGAAGAAGACCGAACUAUUGUUGAUGUGGAUCCUGAAAAGCUGUCAGAGACCAGCGAAGACGAGUUCCUCGGCUCCGACGCCGAUUAUGAUGAGGAUGAUGAAGAGGAUGAGGACGAGGACUUUGACGAGGAUGAUGAGGAGGACGGGCAACAUGGCGACGAUGCGGACAUGCCAUUGGGUAUGGAUGCGGCACAAAUGGCUUUGUUAGAGGCCGAAAUGAAGACAGCUGGAGCCAAUGACGACGCCAACCCAGGUGCGCCACGACCUAAGCGGGCUUUUCUGUGCCAGUAUUGCGAUGUGGGAUUCACUCUCCCGUCAGAAUGCCAGCAACACGAACUCACCGCCCACGACCCCAAUGCACCAUAUUCUUGCGCCUUCUGCAACCUGUGUCUGGUCACGCGGCCCGCUCUGAUCUCGCACAUCAAGACGUUGCACGAUCCUGAUCGACCUUAUGUGUGUGCUCAAUGCCGCAAAGGAUUUGUCCGGCGCUCCGAUCUAAAGAAGCACACGAUUGUACAUACAGGCGUGCGCCCUUACACCUGCAACGUGUGUUCCAAGAGUUUUUCGCGAAAUACUAACUUGACUAAGCACGUCCGCAUCCAUAGUGGGGUGAAGCCGUUCGUCUGCCAGCAGUGUCCGCGUUCCUUCCAAACGGCAGUCGAAAUGAUGAAGCACUCCCGCUCGCACUCCGAAGUGAAACCUUUCCAAUGUGGCCGUUGUUCGUACUCGUUCUCCCGGAAGGAUAAGUUGCUGGCUCACCAACAAGUCCACACACGACGGGAUGUGGAACAGCAGCAGGCGCAAAUGGGAGGGCUUCCACCGAUGGAGGGCGAUUUGGCUCAGUACCAAUUCCAUCAGCAACAGGUCCAAGUCAAGCCAAAACCAUCAUUGCAGCCCAAAUCUUCUCGAAAUUUCCGAUGCGACGUCUGUGACCGGGUGUUCCAGCGGGAGCGGGACUUGCAACGGCAUAGGGCCCUCCAUAUGGACUCACUGUUUGCCUGCAAGAUCUGCAAUAUGGGAUUCAAUCGUCGAGAGCAGCUGCAGCGUCACGAAUUGGAAGCCCAUGGGCCCAGCUACACGUGUAGUAUUUGCUGCAUCAGUUUCCUACAUCAGGUGGAAUUGGAGAAUCACUUAAAGGUGCAUCAGCUGCAGCACAAAAUGGCCCAGAGUGCCCAACAAGCCAUUAAUGCCGCCUCUGUCAUACCGCACAAAGUAAUGGAUCAAGCUCCAGUGCCAAUAAUGGCCCCUGUAGUGCAGGAGCCGAUGCCAAUGCGACCCUCGGCAGCCGAACUCUCCUUCUAUAGCAACAUGAUACCCACUAUGAAUUUGGGAUUUUAUAGCGAAACGAGACCCGAAGAAUAAUAUAAAACUUUUAUUUUUUAGUUAGUAGGAUUGUAAAGUUUAUAAAAUCAAGGCUAUUGGCGGCUGUUAAAAUUGGUUUUCUAAGAUGUAUUCUUUUGCGAUUCCUGCUUAAGGAUUUUCUCUCUUAGAUCUGCUAAGGCUUCCAAAAUGUAGCCUAAUGGUUUCCUAAUUGAUUGUCAAUAAAUGGUAUUUAAAUUAUGUUUUCUAA